AUGACCAUCGCCAUGGCACGCAGCCGGGGCAUGCUCCGUCUUUGCUGCCUGGGCCUGGGACUCUGGAGCUUCCUGGCCUGGGAUGCCGACUUCCUCGUCUCUCGGCCGGCGUUUCCGGGAGCUGCCGAAGGCGGCCUUUCUAGGGCCUCAGGGGCCCCUCGAAGGGCAUUUCCCCUGGAGAAGCUGGUUUCGGCGAAGAAGCGGAAGCGACUUGCAUCGCUGGGUACAUCCAGUGUGCUGAGCUACUUGCUUCUCAAGUUCCUGAAGCAUUCCAUCAUCAACGCAGUGGCCUGGUAUCUAACGGCGAAGAGGUUGGGCGUGUCGCCCUUGCAGAAGUGGCCAACCUUCUUGGCCACCUAUGCAGCCGUCUAUGUCGCCAGCACGCCGCUGCAGCCCGCGAA